AUGGUGCCUAUUCCCAGGCAAGUGUUUCCUCCCGUGCUCUCUCACCCUCUCCCCAGGGUUCUGAUUAUUUACAGAAACAGUAAAAUCACCUUCCCCACAGAUAUGUUUUUUUCUGCACUGCUAAAGAUGGGGAAGUAAUUAACUACAUUAAUCUUCCCAUGGAAAGAUGCAGUUGGCUCCACUGUAACUAGAUACAGGCAGGGCAGGAUGAAGACACAUCAGUUUUUCUUUCUGCCAUUAUUGUUUCUCACAGGCUUCCUGGCAGCAGACCACAUACGCCCAAAUGAAACAAAGCCAAAGAAAGCCAAACUCCCCAAAAUACAAAAGGAGAACAACCUACUUGUGCUGAAAAAGAGCAACUUUGACAGAGCAUUGAAGGAAACUAAGUAUCUGCUCGUGGAGUUCUAUGUUUCUUUAUCUCAAUCAUCUCAGAAUUUGUCUGAAGAAUUUGCUGAGGCUGCACGACAGCUUAAAAAAGAAGCUCCAAGAAUCCAAUUUGGCAAAAUUGAUGUCACACACCAACAUGAUUUGAGAGAAGAAUUUAAUAUUUGAGAGUUUCCUACUGUGAAAUUUUUUGUGGAUGGCAGGGAAGAUCCCAUAGACUGCAAAGGCAUCAGACAGGCCUCAGCCUUUAUUACAUGGGUGAAAAGAAGAACAGGACCUAGCACUGUUUUAAUCAACUAUACUGAUCAGGCUGAAGUCAUCAUACAUGCUGACAAUUUGGCAGUGAUUGGCUUUUUUAAGGAACUUGACAAUGACAGUAUGGAAGUUUUCAGUGAGACGGCGAGAGAAGUGCCAGAGAUGCCUUUUGGGAUUACAGCCAGCAAAGACGACUGUGCCAGCUAUGGCAUCCAAAAGAACACUCUUGUUGUGUUCAAGAAGGGAAAGCCUGUGCAUAAUGAAGCGCUUGAAGAUGGCAGACAGAACAAACUGGAUCUAACAAGGCUAAUCAAAACUUUUACCUUGGAUUUGGUCACUGAAUAUAAUCUUGAGACAUCUGUGAAGAUUUUUGAUGUCCCUGUUGAAAAUCACAUCCUUCUGUUCACCCCAACGAACUCAGAGACAGUCAAUGCGAUUUAUGAAAACUACAAGUCUGCUGCUGCAGAAUUUAGAGGAAAGCUACACCUCUCUAGCGAAGAAAUUCCAGAGGACUGGGACAAGAUGCCUGUCAAAGUGCUUGUUGGGAAGAAUUUCAACAGGAUCGUCUUCAAUAAGACCAUGACUGUGUUUGUUAUGUUUUAUGCUCCUUGGUCCUUUAACUGCAGAAAACUCCUGCCAAUCUGGGAUAAGCUAGGAGAGCAAUAUGAAAGUCACAAAGACGUAAUCAUUGCAAAGAUAGAUGUCACAGCAAAUGACGUCCUGUCGGUUGGAUUGGAUCGCUAUCCAUUCUUCAGACUCUUUCCUGCUGGACCAGACUACCAGGAGGUGGCCUAUGCCGGGGAGCAUACCUUGGAGGCAUUUUCUGAAUUCUUAGAAGAACAAAGCAAGACAAAAGCAGAACCAGGAAAGAAGGAUCCUUCGGGAGGAAUCAAAGAGGAUCUCAGCCAAAAAGAGACUAAUAACAGAGAAAGAAGAAUUUUAAUAGUCCAGAGAAAGAGCAAAAUUCUGAGGAUUGUGGGGAAUCCUUCCUGGAAGGAACUCAUUGGAAGAAUGAAUCAUCCCAAGUGAACACAGAGCUAGUUAAAAAAAAAACCACCAGAAUUCAGGAUCAAUGGCUCAUUAUGUGUGACACCUCUUCUGAAUCCAAUUUAACUCCUAGUUUUACUGUGAUCAGUUGUCAUGGGUUAUUAAAAUAUUGUCACUUUUGCUUAAAUAAUACCUUUACUAUCAACGAAACUGCUCUCAUUUAGAAAGUUAUAUGUGCCAUACCAAACAGAUCAAGAUAUAAAACUAUUCUUUCUGAACAAAACCUGCAACAGGUUUUCAACCAGUU